ACAUUGAUUGUGUUUAGUGUAGGUGUGUUUGGUGUGUGUGUGUGUGUGUUAAGGUAAAGUCUCGGCAGUAAAGGGGUCAGUCAGGAUGUGGAAAAGCUGCGCACUCAGCCCCACCAGCCCAAAGUUGGGACCAGUAUGAGGAGCGAUGAGGAGAGAGGUGAGAACAACGCGGAUUUGUAAUCAGUUCUGUUUCUUGGUGUUGAAGGAGAAACUCGGGGAGCUUUAGCUGAGUCAUUUAAGCUGUUUGACGCAGUGCUGCUGGAUAUGUGCAGGGUUUAGAUUUGGAAUUGUGGGUGAAGCUGAUCAGACCCCCUCUUAGUGAAAGAGGGGUCAGCGUUGUUGUUUUGGUUCAUCACGAGGGCUGUAGUGAUGUGCAAUCAUCAAGACUGAUGUUUUGGUGUAGGGAACAGUUGUGUACCGUGUGGGUUUUCCUGAAUAUACAGUUGGUCUUUGUGGUGGGCAAGAGUGCCUACAUGUCUGUUUGUGUUGGAGUGAGUGAGUGAGUUGGGGGUGGUGGUCUGUAGUGCACCUCCACUUCUUUCAUCGGUCCAAACUGAAUGGGGUAUGUCCAAGGUUCUGUGGACUCGAAUAAGUGUUGCUGAAUUAGAGGAGCGCAGCACUUUCACCAUUUCAAGCCAUUAACUGAAUUAUUUCUUACCCCCAACCAAGAGAGGCUACAUUUCUCUACUGCCACAAUGACGACCUCGUCCUUGCGCCGCUCUGUCAAGAACAUCGUCAACAACUACACAGAUCCGGAGAUCAAGGUGCGUGAGGCGACCUCCAACGACCCAUGGGGUCCGCCGACCUCCCUCAUGAUGGAGAUCUCCGAGCUGACGUUUAACGUGGUGGCGUUCGCUGAGGUCAUGGGUAUGGUCUGGAAGCGUCUGAAUGACCAUGGCAAAAACUGGCGGCACGUCUACAAGGCGCUGACGCUCCUGGACUUCCUGAUCAAGACGGGCUCGGACCGUGUAGCGCAGCAGUGCAAAGAGAACAUCCAUGCAAUCCAGACGCUGCGCGACUUCCAGUAUAUAGACCGUGAUGGUCAGGAUCAGGGCCUGCAUGUACGCGAGAAUGCCAAGCAGCUCGUUACUCUGCUGCAAGACAACGAGAAGCUGAAGAAAGAGAGGAGCCAGGCACACAAGACCCGUGAACGGAUGGCGGCCAGUGGUGGAAGCAUGGGAUACGGCUCAAUGCCACCGCCCUAUACGGCACGCCGCACCAGCCAGCCCAGCAUGGCAGCCAUUUAUGGGGACGAGUAUGGCCGCUCUCGAGGCUCACCCUCCUCUCACAACUCCGCCUCUUCUUCCCCUCAUCUGGCCCCCGAUCUGGAGCAGGCCCGGCCGCAGACCAGCGGGGAGGAGGAGCUGCAACUGCAGCUGGCACUGGCCAUGAGCCGAGAGGAGAGUGAAAAGCCACCACCUCCUGUGGAUAUCGAUGAGCAGACACAGCUCCAGAUUGCUAUGAGUCUAAGCAAGGAGGAGGCCCAGAAGAGGGUUCCUCCUCCUGGGGUGGCUUUAGACAUGGAUGAGGAGACCCAGCUUCAGAUCGCCUUGAACCUCAGUAAGGAGGAACAUCAGCAGGAGCAGAGAAAUCGCCAAGGUGAUGAGUCAUUGCUUCAGAAAGCUCUUGAGGAGAGUAAACGAGAAAUGGCAGCUAAAGCAGAAGGGUCUGCCAUGCUAGAUCUGCUGGAUAUUUUUGCUCCAGCUGCUGAAGCACCUCCAACUGUAAGUCCAUGGGCUGUGUCUGGAACUGGUGGUCAAGCUCAGGCUGUGAGCCCACUGAGGUCUGACCCCUGGGAUUCUCUAGAACCUAGCUCCUCAAGUAGAGGUAUUGAAAGCCCCUGGAUGGCACCUGCUAGUCUUCAUUCUCAGCCAUGGAACCAGCACCCUCCUGACCCAUGGGAAGCCUCUCAGAAAGCUCCCAGUCCUGCACCGCCAAAUCAAACAUGGAUCUCAUCUGCUCCAGCUGCCUCAGGAAUAGAUCCCUUUUCUCCCCUGUCAGCAGACAAAAAGGGGUCUGCUGCCUCUGCCAGAGGCCCAUCGCCACGACCCGGAAGUCCCUCAGAUGGAUAUCUUUUUGAUGAGGCCAUGAAUGGAGGACAGGUAAACAUUAAUGGCAGGAGUGAGGAGAGCCCGGAGUUAUUCGAUCUGUCCCGUCUGAGAGAGAGUCUAAAUGAACAAAACCCUCGAAGCUGUCACACUCCAGAAGCCUUUCUGGGCCCAGAAGCGGCCUCGCUUGUGAACUUUGACUCUCUGAUCCCGUCAAAUCCUGCUCCUAAAAACUUGAACCCAUUUCUAUCAGCUCUGAGUGCUCCGUCAGCUACCAACCCAUUCCAAAGCGAGCCGCCACGGCUCACUCUGAAUCAAAUGCGUCCGAGCUCCACGUCACCUGGUCCAAGCUCGCUGCCAUACAGCGCGUCUCUGCCUCUGCCUGCGAGCAGUCAGCCUUUGUCUUUACCCAGCUCCUUCACCCAGUCUGCAGAGGGACAUGCUGGCAUGCCUGGGACCCUGCCUCAACCACUACUCCCCCUAUCAUCCACAACCACGCACGGACAGCCAGAUCACAGUCAGAACCCGUUUCUAUGAGUGCCUGUAUGAGCAAAAUUUUAAAACACUGGCCUGAACCUGAAUGUAAGCUUGCUUUCAAUGAAGUGACAAUUUAACCACAGACUUGGCUCAGAACUGGAAUGUAUUUCAAUUUAAUAACAGUACUGUUUUUUUAUGGGCUUUUAAACGUUUUCACACUCUUUACAGGUUUGCUCUUAGCAGCUGCUACUUCCUGCUAUCUUCCUUAUAUCUAUGCCAAAAGAAUCAGCACUACAAGAUAAAUCAAUUUUUUUAUAUUAGAAAGCAAUGGUGAAUUUAUGAACUACACCUAGUUUUAAAAGGAACUUCCUAGCAUAUUGUAAUCACCAGUAUGUUCAAUUUAUUUAUGACAUUACCAAGCUUGCAUCCUCACCAUCACUCUCCACUACUAUUCGUAAUCCAAUAAAGCCUGAAAACUUCCUGUUCCACGCUCCUAUCACACACUU